UAACCCAUUUCUGUUUACAUCUUAAAGGGGACAAGCCGAGGCGGCUAAGGGUUUCGGUACUUGGUAUAUUCAGCUAAAAAUUGGGGGAGACGAAGGCAGAGACAAUUCAUCAACCUUGGAACCAAUUUGUCUCGUGUUGCAGAUCUAAUUUAAAGGAAUCUCAGGUGCCAACUAAAGAAAAAACAAAAAAUGUCUGGUGAGGAGGCUGCUGUUGUAGAGACGCCCGCUGCACCUGCUCUUGGUGAGGCGAUGGACAUCAUGACUGCCUUGCAGCUUGUGCUGAGAAAGUCGUUGGCUCAUGGAGGGCUCAUCCGCGGCCUUCAUCAAAGUGCUAAGGUGAUCGAGAAGCAUGCAGCUCAGCUGUGUGUGUUGGCAGAGGACUGUGACCAACCUGACUAUGUCAAAUUGGUUAAAUCACUCUGUGCUGACCACAAUGUAAACCUCAUCACCGUUCCAAGUGCGAAGACUCUUGGUGAAUGGACUGGUUUGUGCAAGAUUGAUUCCGAAGGGAAAGCAAGGAAGGUUGUGGGUGCCUCGUGUGUUGUUGUGAAGGAUUAUGGAGAGGAAUCUGAAGGUCUCCACAUCGUUCAAGAGUACGUCAAGUCUCACUAAAAGACUACUGGGAAGCAGUAUUCUCAUGAUGAGAUUUGGGAAUUGUCCUUCGUGAUUUCUAGUUUGCUUUUCAAUGCAUUUCAUUCUCAAAUUUUGAUUUAAUAUUUAUGUUAACAGGAUUUUUUGUUGUUCGCGAUUUGCAAUUAGUUACUCUUUAUCCUGUUAUUGAAUCCCUAAAACUACAACAUGUUUUUAAUGUUAUUUGGAACAUGUUUGUUGAUGAAUCUUCAUUAGCAUUUCAUAGAAAACGUUUCAUUUUUGUA